AUGGAUGAGAAAAUUGAAUUAUCUGACAUUGAAAUUCAACAGAUAAAAGAACAAAGUCAAGAAAGAAUUAAAAAAGUAGUUGCAUAUGUUGCCAUAAGUUUAACAGUUAUAUCUAUUAUUCUUGUAGCAUUGUCGUUGAGUUUUGGACCAAAAAUUGAUAGUCUAGUAAAUGAUCAAUUGGAUCAGAGGUUGAUAACAAAACAAUUAAUUCUGGGAUCUAAUACAAAUAUAUCAACAUUAUAA